GUUUCGACGUUUGAUUCCAAGAGACGGACUUCUAAGCCUCGAUCGCCGGGCUUGGGCAGCGGGCUUCCAGUGUCUUCCGAUCGACCGGGCGAUGAGAUACCCGCCGCGCUUUUCGCGAGGGCUUCCGGAUGGUGGGGAGUUCGUGGUGGCCAACUUGAAUGAGGGCGAG